AUGCGAGGCCGUUGGAGAAGAGCUGAAGUUGAAGUUAAUUGCUCCGUGACUAUCCGCGGCCAGACCAUCAAGACUGAUCCUCAAUGGUUCAACGUACCCGACAAUGUCCUCGACGCCACUACAAGGAAACUUCACCUACUGAAAGACCAUCCUGUGUCUAUCACCCGCCAGAUUAUCCAGGCCAACUUCCCUGAGCCGACGUUCAAGUAUCACAAUGAGUUCAGCCCUGUGGUAUCGACAGCUCAGAACUUCGAUUCCCUAGGGUUUCCCGUGAAUCAUCCCGGUCGCGCCCUGUCCGACACAUACUAUUUGAAUAGCGAGACACUACUGCGAACACAUACAAGUGCUCACCAAGCCGACACAUUCCGAGCUAACCAGAGCGCGGGGUACCUUGUGUCUGCCGAUGUCUACAGACGAGAUGCCAUUGACCGCAGUCACUAUCCUGUGUUCCAUCAGAUGGAGGGUGCAAUGUCAUGGGAUCGUACUAAAGUUCCCAAUGGUGAUGUUGCUGCUGCGGUAUGGAAGGACUUUGAGAAGCUGCCCGUUCAUGGGGUCAAGGUCGAUGACCCAAACCCUCCUAUGCACCCAGAGACAAACCCUCUCCAAGAUGCUCACCAUACAGCUGCUGAGGCUGAGGCUAUCGGUGCUCAUCUCAAAAGGUCACUAGAAAACAUGGUCGUCGAUAUCUUCUCCCGGGCUAAGGCUACUGCGAUCAAAGAUGACCCCAACUUCGUGGAUGAGCCCCUGCAAAUGCGAUGGGUAGAAGCUUACUUCCCCUUUACCAGCCCCUCAUGGGAGCUGGAGGUCUACUAUGCCGGAGACUGGCUCGAGGUGCUGGGCUGUGGUGUUGUCAAGCAGGACAUCUACAUCAACGCUGGUGUGCCCAACCAACUGGGUUGGGCUUUUGGCAUUGGUAUUGAUCGUAUCGCCAUGCUUCUCUUCAAGAUCCCCGACAUCCGCCUCUUCUGGUCAAAAGACAAGCGCUUUCUAUCCCAGUUCGAGGGCGUGACCGACAAUCUCGACAACCUGAAGCGCUUCGUCCCCUUCUCCAAGUAUCCUCCCUGCCCCAAGGACGUGUCUUUCUGGCUUAGCUCCACGACAGCAGCAGGUGGCAACACCAAGGGCACAUUCCACGAAAACGACGUUAUGGAAAUUGUCCGCAACGUGGCGGGUGACGUGGUCGAAGAUGUACGCCUGAUUGAUGAGUUCACGCAUCCCAAGACGGGCCGCAAGAGCAUGGCGUAUCGCAUUGUUUACCGCAGCUUGGAGCGGACUCUGACUAACGAUGAGGCCGUCGCUUUCCACGAGGAUGUGCGCAAAGCUUUAGUCAAGGAGCUGGGCGUUGAGCUUCGAUAG